UGACGAACGAAGAUACCAAGUAGAUGAGAGAGGGAAUUUAGAAAAUCGUGGAAGAGAUAAUAGUCAUAUAGAUCGUUUAUAUACAUACUUUGGUUUAGGCAUGAACAGAUCUAUGCAUGACGCUCCAGAUAAAGUUUUAUAUAACAUAUCUCAACAAUCUAUUGGAAGCCAAUUCCCUAUGCAGUAUAGUCAACCAAUGUUUCAAGGAUGGUCGACAUUUCCACAAACACAAUAUCAGUCAACAAUGG